AUGCAGCAGAAUACGGAGGAGCUGGACUUCGUAGCGCUGCCAAAGAUUGAGCUUCAUGCGCAUCUGAGUGGCAGCAUCAGCCGCAAAUGCCUGCACGAGGUCUGGGAGCGCAAGAGCGCGGCCGGCGAGACGGAGCUGGCAGACCCCCUCGUCGAGAUGCCCGAUGGGAAACAUGACUAUGAUCUCAAGACCUUCUUUCCCCUAUUCUCUUCCUACAUCUACCAUCUUGUGAACGACGCAUGGGCUCUGAAUUACACCACUCGCUCCGUGCUGCAAGACUUCGCAGACGAUGGCGUCGUUUACCUGGAGUUGCGCACCACGCCUCGCGCACUGCCAAAAUCAAACCCGCCUCUAUCAAAGGCUGAAUACGUCCGCGCCAUCCUAGACGCUAUACGGGACUUCGAAGCGCAAGACUCGCGUCUGCGCACCAAGCUGAUUCUCUCCGUCGAUCGUCGGAACACUCUAGCAGAGGCCCUAGAGGUUGUUGAGCUCGUGCGGCAGUUUCACGGCAAAGGAGUAGUCGGCAUUGACCUGUGCGGCGAUCCGGCGCGCGGUGGGAUCGAAGCUCUCGCCCCUGCGUUCCACGAGGCCAAGAAGCUCGAGGGUCUAGGCAUCACGGUGCACUUUGCGGAGGCUGAGGCUUCAGGGACUGACGAGGAGCUCCUAAUGCUCCUCGAGUGGAAGCCCGACCGCAUUGGGCAUGUGAUUCACGUCAGCGAUCGUGUGCGCAAGGAGAUCAUAGCCCAUGGGAAGAUGGGGCUGGAGCUGUGCUUAAGUUGUAAUGUGCAUGCUAUGAUGAUCACUGGUGGGUUUGAGGCUCAUCAUUUUGGUGAUUGGCACAAAGUCGAUGACUGCGUAGUUGUGCUUUGUACGGAUGAUGUGGGUGUCUUUGGUAGCCCCUCGUCCAACGAGUAUCGCCUCGUAGCCAAGCAUUUCGGCCUGAGGAAGGAUGAUAUUUGCAGCUUGGCGAGGAGGGGAAUUGAGGUCAUAUUCGGUGGUGAAGCAGAGAGGGAGAGACUAAGGAGCAUUAUGUGGACGGCAUGA